AUGACCAAUCUCCAAGAAUUUUGUUGCAUUUGUGUGAAAAAAUACCCUCAUUUAGAAAACAUAAAUGAAACUGACGCAGAAAAUAUUAAAUAUCACCAUAAAUUAUCAGUAUGCGUACCAAAUCAGAAUUGGCCCGAGGACUACAAUUUAUGCAAAAACUGUGUGGAACGACUCGAUGCAGCGUUUUCUUUUAUUCAAAUUUGUAUAAAAAGUGAAGAACUGAGGAAGCAACAAUUAAGGAUAUUAAAAGAAGAAAGCAGAGACCCAGAGGAAUUUUUUGGAUGUGAUAUUUGUAAAAAACAGUUUAAACUCAAACGUUCUUUAAAACUGCAUGUCACGAGGAUACAUACUAGGAGAAAAGUAAAAGAGGAAAGAAUAAAACUCGAAGAUCUGGAACAGAAGGAAUCAAUUUUAAGAAACAAAGCUGUAAAAGAAGAAAAUGAGUACAUUGAUGAGCCCGAGUCGCAAAAAGAAGCUGAUGCUGAAAACAUAAACAAAUACAGUGAUGACGAGGAAAAUUACGAUAACGGAAACGAUAGUAAUUUUUCUAGUGAUGAAGACAUCAAACCACAACAAGAGAUUAAAAAAAGGUACAACAAGCGAAAAAAUCCUUUAACAUGCGAAUACUGUGGUAAAAUAUUUAACAGAAGGCAGCAUUGGUCAUCACACAUACGAUCUAAACACACUUUCGAAAAACCAUAUCAGUGCAAUUUGUGCGACGCAAAGUAUACAAACUCUCACAGCCUACUAGUGCAUAAAAGGAAUCACAACAAUGAAAAACCUUUCAUUUGCUCGUACUGUGGAAAAAGUUUCGUCUGUUCGGGCGAUUUGUACCACCACAGCAAAAUCCACUUGAACAAACGAGAAUAUAAGUGCUCGCAAUGCGAGAAGAGUUUUAACACUGCAAGCAUACUAAGAACACAUAAAAUAUGCAUGCAUACUGAACCAAAAGACUGGAAAUACAUAUGCAAUUAUUGCAACAAACGGUUCCCCAUAAAUUCGAGCUUAGCGACACAUCUGAAACGUCACACGGGUAUUAAGGAGUUCUCUUGUCAUAUCUGUGACAAAAAAUUCUUCGAUAAUUCCGAAUUAACCAAGCAUUUCCGAAGCCACUCUAGCGAACGCUUGUACAAGUGCAGUUUGUGCGAAGACAAAGAAUAUAAGAACAGGUAUGGACUUAGGAAACACAUGAAAAUCAUCCAUGAUAUCGGAUCGAUGAAGAUAACGAAGCCGGUGAAGAAAUUUGUAUGUCCGUUGUGUCCAAAAAUUUUCGCUUUCAAUAAUAAAUUGCAGAAACAUAUGUGCACUCAUACGGGAGAGAAACCAUUUAAAUGUGACUAUUGUGAGAAAAAAUUUGUGGAUAAUUACUAUCGGAAAGUGCAUCUGAAGAAAAAACAUAAUAUUGAACUGAACGAAGAGUAUUCGUAAUUUUAUAAGGUUUUUAAUUUAUUUUAAUUUUUAAAGGUAAGAAGUACAAUACAUUAAGAAGGCAACAAAGUCAAUUAUUUUGUACAUAAAUAAAAAAUAGAAGUAUACCUAAUGUUUAAGGCGUAAAAUAGAAAUUUAAUAUAAAAAAAACUAAUAAAAGACUUGAUGGCAGAUCUAAUUUGAGCAUAUAAAAAUUAUAAUUUGAGGAUAUUGGAUGUUUUUGGCAGUUAAAAAUUAUUUUUACACUAAAUUCCAACUGAAUUCUAGAAUACCUAUAUCAUAAAAUGCAAGUGCCAAAGAGUAUUGUUUAAUUUAUCCAAUUUUAGUUAUAUUGAAAAUUAUCUUAAAUAUUUCAAUUUGUAGAAUUUUAGUGCUGUGUAAAAAGUAUGUUUUGGAUGAAAAAAUAAUUCAAUUGCCAAACACUUCGUAAAGCUUCUUAUCACUGUUUCAUAUUUAAGAUUUGGUGCUGAACAUUUUUAAUUGAAGUGUCAAAUAACUCAGAAUUUCAAGGAUAUGUUUACGAAUUUCAUGGGGAAAAGCUGUAUUUUUAUAUUUUCUUUUAAUUACCCAAAAGUGCAAUAAUGUGAAAUUUUAAGGCUUUAAAUCAUAGGACUUUAGUUUUAGUUUAUAUUUAAAGUUGCUUUACACAUAAUGUUUUAUAGAGGUUACUAAUUGCCCGAAUGCCAUUGAAAAUUCCAUAAUAAAAAUUGUUCCGUUUCUAAAAUAUAGGGUGUUUGAAAAAAAAUUAAAAUUAUAAAUUCUCAGGAUCUUUUUACAAAAUGUGCAAAUCAGAAUUGUUGACAUAUUUAGUGAUUUUUUAGUAUAAAAAGUAGAGCUGUAAAAUUCAGUUACUUGUCGGUACCUGUAACUACUCAUUACUUUUUCAUACAGUGAUCGUUACUUCGGAUCAGUUAUUCGAGUACUCGAAGUUCAAAAGGUGCUGUAUGGGUAGUACGAGUACUGCAGCAGUCGGAUUAUAACGGUUUGAGAUCCGAAGUUACUUGUCUUGUAUGCAGGUUAGGUAAUCGGUACCUACUACCUACAAAUUUCGAUUUAGAAACUUAUGUUUCGCAGCAUUAAAGUGUU